GUCGUUCCUUCCUUUCUCAUCCCUUCCCUCACUUUACUAAUAUUGAUCCAAAUUAAGCCUUCGAAUCCAAUCAAUAGCUACGGAAAGCCAAUCACCCAACACCGCGAUUUCUCUCUGCUCAUCUCAACCUCAACCUCUCAGCAAACGCCGCCUGCCGCCACCUUCUGUCACCGUCGACUCCAAACUCUAGCCAAAGGCCGGCUAUUCAGUUGCAAUUUGCGGUGCGUAGAUGUGAUGAUUUUUUCGGGAGACAAAAUAACGUCAAUUGACGUUUAUUUGGCUAGAGAACAUAUAAUCCGUUAAAUGUUUUUUCUCAAUUUCUGGUGAGUUUUUACCACAUCACCUUGCUGCUUCUGUUAUUAUCUCUCUCUCUCUACUCUUCUCUACCAAUCCAUCCAUGACUGCAAUUGUAAGACUACCCAUUGCUUCAAGAUCCUUACUUUCUUACCAUCGUUUCUCUAUCCUCCCAUUACCCCACCGGCCCACCCCCACCAAUGCCAUUUCGACUACUGCCUCCAGUUUCUCAUUCUCUCUCCUCAAAAACCGCCCUCUUCAAACCCUAGCCUCCAUAUCCCCUGAACUCACUGCCAUCACCGCUAAGGAUAGGAAACUAACCCGAAAUGUGGUGGAAAUCCUUGAGCAAAGAGGCCUCAUUGAAUCUAUAACCAGUGAAAAUCUCCGAUCUGCUUGCUCCUUGAAAGAUAGCCAUCCGCCACUGAAGGUAUACUGCGGUUUCGAUCCAACGGCAGAGAGCCUCCAUUUGGGUAAUUUAAUUGGCAUAAUUGUCCUCUCUUGGUUUCAGAGAUGCGGCCAUAAACCAGUUGCUGUACUCGGAGGUGCCACUGGCCUUGUCGGGGACCCAUCAGGGAAGGCCUCAGAAAGGCCAGAUCUGGAUGAUGUAACCCUAGACAAGAACAUUAGAGGUAUCAAAUCUAUAUUGAAUAAAAUUUUGAGUAGAUUUGGUGAUGAUAAAUUUUUGAUCUUGAAUAACUAUGAUUGGUGGAAGGAUGUUAGCUUCCUUGAUUUUCUGAAAAAUGUGGGGAAAUAUGCCAGGGUUGGCGUUAUGAUGUCUAAAGAGAGUGUUAGAAAGAGGUUAGAAUCAGAGCAAGGGAUGAGCUUUACUGAAUUUAGUUACCAGUUAUUGCAGGGGUAUGAUUUUCUCCAUCUUUACAAGAAUGAAGGGAUUUAUGUCCAAAUUGGUGGUAGUGAUCAAUGGGGGAAUAUAACUGCAGGGACCGAGCUAAUCAGGAAGAUUUUGGCUGUUGAAGGAGCAUAUGGGCUUACAUUUCCUCUUCUUUUGAAGAGCGACGGGACGAAAUUUGGGAAAUCGGAGGAAGGGGCUAUUUGGUUAUCCCCUGCAUUAUUAUCGCCUUACAAAUUUUAUCAAUAUUUCUUCACGGUUCCAGAUUCUGAUGUGGUGAGGUUUUUGAGGAUAUUGACCUUCCUUGAAAUAGAGGAGAUAGAAGAAAUCGAGAGAGAUAUGAAGAGACCUGGAUAUGUGCCUAAUUCAGCUCAAAGAAGGCUUGCAGAAGAACUAACACAUUUUGUUCACGGGGAAGAAGGGUUGAAAGAGGCUAUUAAGGCAACUGAGGCAUUGAGGCCUGGUUUCGAGACCAAAUUGGACUGGAAGACAAUUGAGGGGAUUGCUGAAGAUGUGCCCUCCUGUUGUUUAGCUUAUGAUGAAGUUUUAAAGCUUUCCAUUGUUGAUAUCUCAGUUCUUGCGGGUUUGCUUGAGAGCAAGUCCGCUGUUCGUCGUAUGCUGAAACAAGGGGGCCUUUAUCUGAAUAACAUCCGAAUUGAUAAUGAAAGUAAGAAAAUUGAGGCUGAUGAUAUUGUGGAUGGGAAGGUUCUGCUGCUGUCUGCUGGGAAAAAAAAUAAGAUGGUUGUGAGAGUGUCUUGAUUUCUUCAGUUUUUGGGUUUUAUCCAGUUACAGGUAUAUGAUGAAUUCGUUAUAUUAUUUUAUAGGGGAUAGUCAUGGUCUCAUGGAUACGUAUUAGUUAUUACCACCAAGUUAAGAAAAUUUUGAGCAUUUCUUUUCC